AUGGAGGAAGAUGCCAACAAAGCAGCAGAAGAAAAAUUGAUGCAAUUAUGGGAACUGGACACAUUUUUAGAUAGAGUUAUAAAUGAAAAUUGUAAAGUGAUUAAUCUCAGUCACAGAGGGCUGACGAUUGUGACCAGACGACUAGAAGAUGCAAAGGCAGCCCAGACUCUACUGUUGAAUAAUAACAAGCUUCUGAUGCCUCCUGGAGAACUGUGCUCACUGAAAGAUUUGACAGAACUCAUCCUUGACAACAACAUGCUUACAAUGUUGCCAUCAGGCAUAGGUAGUCUUUCCAAGUUACGAAUACUUUCAGUUUCUCACAAUCCACUUGUUGCAUUACCGGAUGACCUAACAAAUCUUUCUUCACUACAACAUUUGUGGCUUAUCAAUUGCCAGCUUGGCUCUCUGCCUCAAAAUCUUUGCAGACUAAGACAUCUUAGGAAAUUAGGACUCAGUCAAAAUGAGCUUCAUAUUAUUCCUGAAGAUUUGUGUAAUCUCGGAUGCUUAAAAUGGCUUAGUUUGGAUUCCAAUGCCAUGAAAGAGCUGCCAUCAACAUUUGGCAGACUACAUGAGCUUGUUUAUUUGAGUCUGAAUAACAACUGCUUUAAAGAAGAGCCAAUAAUUGUGAAAGAUCUACCAAAUCUGGUUACACUGCAUAUGCGGAAGAAUCGUAUUAGCAGCCUACCAGGUGAAACAAUAGCUGCCUUAAGUUUCCUAGCUUGUUUAGACAUCAGGGAGAAUGGUGUUCUUGAAAGGCCACCCGAAUGGAAGGGCUAUGACUUUAUUAGAACUACUGCAUUCCAAGACGAAGAAGAGAAUAUUUAG